AGAGCCACAACUUUUCCUUGACUGCAGCAACAUCAGUCUUCUCUUCAACUAGGAGUAUCAUUCACCAACACCAUCUCUUCUCCAUCCGUCUCUUCCAUCACUUUCUCUUGAAGCCAUUCAUUCAUUUCCAACUCCAAAGGCAUCAAUGGCAACUUUUUCCUACCAACACCAACAACAACCUUUACAUCUUGAAUCAUCAUCAGGACUGUUUUUGCAAAGCAGCUCCCAAAUGAGGAUGUCUGCAGGCCUUCUUGAGGAGCCAAACAUGACAAGAAUGACCACCACCACUACUUCUUUCCCUCAAUUCUACAGGCCUGAUCAUUUUCUGCAUCAGGAAAUCCCUUCCAAAUCCUAUGUUAAUGAAAGUACUUGUUCCAUCUUUGACCAGAGCUGCACAAAAGUUACUCAUUUUAGCAAUAAUGGGCCGUCCUUAACAAACAAAACUUCCACCGAUUCUUCAUCAGUAACUGAUAAACUUGAAAGUGGGGAGCAAGUUACUCAGAAGGUACAUGCUGCAGCCAUGGACAAGAAGAGGAAAACAAAGAAGGGGCCUCUUCCUGUAAAUUCUGCUCAAUCAAAAGCUAUAGGAGAUCAAUUAGCUAAAGGGAAAAAGCAGAGGAAAUGUGGCAGAAUUAUGAAAGAGGUUGAAGACAAGAAGUCUAAUGAGGAUAAAAAAGUUCCAGAGAAAGCUGCUGAAGAAGCUCCCCCCACAGGCUACAUUCACGUAAGAGCAAGGAGGGGCCAAGCCACGGACAGCCACAGCCUAGCUGAAAGGGUGAGGAGAGAGAAAAUCAGUGAAAGGAUGAAAAUAUUGCAAGCACUUGUUCCAGGUUGUGACAAGGUAACCGGAAAGGCCCUCAUGUUGGAUGAAAUAAUCAAUUACGUCCAAUCCCUACAAAAUCAAGUUGAGGUAAAACUUUUGAUAGACUUGUUAUUUGGUAAAGUUUUUGAAGCUUGCUGUUAUAUAAUCCAUGCAAAAUAUUUCAAAUUCUUGCAGUUUCUAUCCAUGAAGCUUGCUUCUCUAAAUCCGAUGUUUUAUGAUUUUGGCAUGGACUUGGAUCCAUAUAUUGCAAGACCAGAACCGACGCUGAGUAACAUGGCAUCACCGGUUCAAAAUAUGCAACAAUGUGAUCCAAUGCAGGCACCAAUCAUUUCUGCCACAAACAAUAGCUUGAGAACUGAUACUGCCAAUGACUAUCCUCAGUUGGAUUCUUCAGCUUCAGCAUUAUUAAUUCAACAAAGCCACCACAUCCCUCAAAUUCUCUCUCAGGAAAAUGGACAGCUCUUGUGGGAUGUGGAUGACCGAAGACAGAAACUUAUUAAUCAGACGGGGUUCAACAACAACUUGUGUUCGUUUCAUUAAUUAUAAGACCAAAGGGCAAGAGUUGCCCUACACAUAUCUGGUUUGUCAAGAUUUGUGAAGGGCAAAAAGGUAGUGCCAGACAAAUGUUACUGUAGUUUCUUAUUCGUUAGUAUCAAUUCUAAUGGAGAAGGGUUUCAGCUUGCAUAUUACUUUGAUCACCUCAAAGCUCGGAUUCUGAAUUCAUUGGAGGAAUGGGGUCUUCUAUCUCUCUGAUCACAUGAAUAAAAAGAAAAGCAAAGUAAAAGGGCAUGAAGAGGAUAGAAAUCAAUGGACACACAAGGACAAACACAACCGACCAAACAAGACUAGAUCUUUUUCAGAUCCUUUGUUCCUGUCUAAUUUGACUCCCAACUGUCAGAAGCACAAAUUCCUAGCUAGAGACUUGGCUUUACAUAUGUACUUAAUAUGAGGUAAAUCCAAGAAAAUAUAAUGUAAACAGUUGUAAAAGAAUCUGUUAAGGUAUCAUAAUAUUGAGUUGCAUGUAACUUACUGGUAGUAGUCUAGUAGUCCUGCGUUUCUUCUUCUUAGUAUUGUCACUGUAAUUCUGUUAUAGAAGAUAGUUUUUACCGUUGUAGUUUUCUUGUCCCUUUGUUACAUUGAAUUGCACUGCGAGUCUGCUACUAUUACUGUUUCA